GACGUGGGGGAGCUGACGGGCGGCAGGAGGAGGAAAGAAAGAAGCGGGCCGGAGUGCAGAGAAACGUGGAGGAGAGGGGGCGGUGAGGAGUCACUUGGUGGCCAUGGAUUCCUUGUGCCCUCCCGAGAGCAUUUAUAACCUCAUCCCCUCUGACACCAAGGUCCCUCCCAAGCCUUCUCGGUACGUAUCAAUAUUUAAAGCUGCUGUGAAAAAUGAGUUACAAAAAGGUAAAGCUGCAUGGAAAACCAUGGGGCCAGCAAAAGUUGAUGUGCCUUCUCCAAAAGACUUUAUGCAGAAACGUUCAAAGCCACCCAAGCCGCCACUCAGUGACAAAAAGACCGAUAAGAAUGAAGUAAGAAAACCUCCUGUGCCACUGAGGAGUGAUCAUCCAAUUAUGGGAAUUCAGAGUGGAAAAAACUUUAUAAACACAAAUGCAGCUGCUGUCAUCAUGGGGGUGGCCAAGAAGCCUAAACCCAUUUAUGUUGACAGAAGGACUGGAGACAGACAUGGCCUGGAACUUUCAGGACUAGUUCCAAAAUACAUCAACAAAAAGGAUUAUGGCAUUAUUCCUGAAUAUAUAUGUAAGCGAAAUGAGGAAGUUAAAAAAGUACAAGAAGAAUAUGAUAACUAUGUGCAGACAAACCUGAAGAAGGCAGCCAUGAAAUGUGUCUCUGAUGAGGAGAGGGAUGCAGUUCUUCAAGGCCUGAAAAAGAACUGGGAAGAGGUACAUAAGGAAUUCCAGUCCCUUUCUGUAUUUAUUGACUCCCUACCAAAGAAGAUCCGCAAGCAAAGACUAGAAGCAGAGAUGAAACAGCUGGAACAUGACAUUAGUGUAAUUGAAAAGCAUAAAGUCAUCUAUAUUGCCAAUAAGUAACGAAGAAGUGGUAGAAUAUAUUCAUUUUAAGUCAGAAAAAUACAAGGUGGAAAAAUAAAAUGAAAUGAUAACAUGCUCUUCAUGGAAGAAAAAUCGUACUAAGAGAACAAAGCAGUAGACUUAAAAUAAUUAAUACAUUCUUAAGUAAUGUAUAAAGAAUAAUGUGAAUUGUUCACUUUUAUGAGAUUUUUUUUUGCCAGCGUGAGGAUUUCCA